GUGGGCGUGGUGAGGCUGAGGAAAAAAACAAAGAGCAUUAGGUUGGAGUUGGCUGGGACAAACUUUUAGGCUUGUUAUCGUCACAUUAGUGGUUUAUCAACAAGGUUAGCUGGUGACAAUUACAUAAUUGGGGUCAGUAUAGUCGCGCGAAGGCAAUAAACGCCUGGGGGGGGGGGGGAGAUCGGACAAAUUUGUGCCAGAGACCGACUGGAAAAAGAAACAGCGACUUCCUGGUUCGCGCAGCCAGUCGCCAUGUCGGUGACGCCGCGACGUGUCCGCCUGAAGCCGUGGCUAGUCGCCCAGGUGGACAGCGGGAGAUAUCCUGGUCUGGAGUGGAUCGACCGUGACGCCAUGCGUUUCAGGAUCCCGUGGAAGCACGCCACGCGACACACGCCUCAACACGAGGACGAGGACACCAUAUUUAAGGCAUGGGCUGUUGAGACUGGAAAAUUCCAGGAAGGGUCUGAUGAACCCGAUCCUGCAAAGUGGAAAGCCCAGCUCCGAUGUGCCCUGAACAAAAGCCGGGAAUUCAACCUCGUCUACGACGGAACCAAAGAGGUCCCGAUGAAUCCCUUGAAGAUAUAUGAUGUCUGUGAUAUCCUGCAACCAUUAAGUAACCCAGGUUCUUCAGAUCCUGGUUCUUGGACUCCAGGUGAGGAAGAUGGCGCAGAGGAAGAUAUUCCAGACACACCAGAAUCUCUUCCUCCCUACCCAUCCAAUGGCACAAGUCCGUCUCCUCUCAUCUUGUGGUCUCCUAUGGGCUCGGAGUCCUCCAUGCCACCAAGUACAAGUUGUCCUCAACCUAAUAAAGUCUGGCCCAAAGAGGAACCUGAGGAUGUGGAGAUGCAACCCACGCCCAUGGCUGUCAUGCCCUCCGCUGCCCUGGCCGACCCCUCGAUGCAGGGCCCUACUAUUACCGACACCUUAUUUGCCUCUCCAGAGAUGUGUCCUACGAUCACAGUCAGCAACCCCCAGGGUUGCAGGCUCUUCUACGGCGAUCUGGGUCCAAUGGUCAACCAGGAGGAGCUGUUCGGACCGGUCAGCCUGGAACAGUUGCGCUUCCCCACCACGGAGAACAUCACCAACGACAAGCAGAGACUCUUCACCAACCGUCUGCUGGACGUGAUGGACCGAGGUCUGAUCUUGGAGGUGAGCGGCCACGACAUCUACGCCGUCCGUCUGUGCCAGUGCAAGGUGUACUGGUCCGGCCCCUGCGCGCCAAAUGCCUCCGCGCCAAAUCCUAUCGAGCGCCAGACGAAAGUCAAACUGUUCUGCCUGGAGUCGUUUCUCAGUGGUGUGAUUGCCCACCAGCGUGGCCAAACCCCAACUCCUCCGCAAUUUGAAAUCAACCUAUGUUUUGGAGAGGAGUGGCCUGAUGGAAGGCCGACCGAGAGGAAACUUAUCAUGGUUCAGAUCAUUCCAGUGGUGGCUCGCAUGAUCACCGAGAUUUUUUCUGGAGACAACACGCGAUCCUUCGACAGCGGCAGCGUGCGCCUCCAGAUUUCGAUCCCCGAUAUCAAAGAUAACAUAGUGACCCAUCUGAAGCAGCUCUACUGCCUGCUUCACACCAACCAGGGCCAGGACGGCUGGGUUUUGCCUCCUGGCUCAGGUUUCAACCUCGUCCAGACUCUGCAAGGCCAAUGAGCACCUGCCGGGGAACAGCAGACUCUGGUCUAAAAUAGUUUGAUCACACGUCAUGUUAGCAAACAUUUUCGGGUAUUCCUAUUUGAAAGUAAUCCCUUUUUUUUUUUUUUUUUUUUUUUCACUCAAUAGUGUCCCCCCCCCCCCCUUUGUUUCUCGUGCUCUGCAUCUCUGUACAGUUUAUGCAGAAGCACAACAUGGAUGGGCCAAAGUCCUGCUUGCUUCAAAAUAUAGUUUAACAUAGUUAAUGACUGACAGAGAUUGCCUUGUGUAUCCUAAAUGUGUCAGAGUAAUCAAUCGUCCACAAUGUUGAAAGCUACACAUAAAGCAUGUGAUCUAAACGUUUUGGAGAAUUUUUAUAUUGUACAGCUUGCCAUAAACCUUUUACUCGACCAUGCUAAGAAGUUGCAUUUUAAACAAAUAUAUAGUUAGAGAUGUGUUAAUUAUUUGAGCUGGUUCUGUUUUUGUCAUCUGUUUAUUUUAGAUUCAGUGUGUGUUUUUACAGAUAUUUUUAAUCCACUAUUUGUAUGCAAAAAAAAAAAAAGCAUCAUUCCAUUUUAUGGCUCUGAGAUGGACGCUAUUGCAUCGGUGAGGUGUUCAGUGGUGCCUUUUUACGCUCUGAUUUUAUGUACAAUAAAAAACGUCACACUCGC